UCAUGUACAAGGGCACCCUCAUCUGCUGUCUGCUUUUGGGCCUGUUCCUGGCUUUCAGCUCCGCUUAUAACGGCCAGGACAUCUACGCCGAACCCAACUGCGCCAUUGUCGAGGAUCACGGCCGCAAGUUCCGCGACAUCUCUGACCCCACCCACUACUGGAUCUGCCCCGAAGGUCAAGAGAAGGCCGAAUACAUCCAGUGCCCGGACAACUACGCCUUCAUGGAGAAGGAGCAGAACUGCGUCGUCUGGGAGGAGUGGAAGUGGGUUGAGCCCUACACCAAAUAAACAGCCAAACUUGAGUUGAGAAGUGCAGAAAGUCUAA